UUCAAGUCCAUCGUGUUACUCUCUCCCCCCGCCAAUGGAGAAACUCAAAUCAGCAAUUUCACAAACCCUAAUCCUUUCGAUUUCACAAAGCAAUCCUCGUACCCUCCCUAAUACUUGCUCUUCUCUCCAUGAUUUCUUAAACCAGUUGCCCCAAUUUCACCAAAUGGUUGAAGAUUUAGCGUACAAGGACACAUCACUGUUUCUCAAGAACAAGGAAUCCGCUUUGGAAUUCAAGCUCAAGGGAAAUAACUGCUUCUCCAAGGGAGAUAACUCAAAUGCCUUGCAAUUCUACACACAGGCUCUACGAUUUGCUCCAAGAGAUGUGAAUGACAUGGGCAAAAAUCUGGUGGCAACACUAUACGUUAAUCGUGCAGCUGUAUUACAGAAAAUGGGACUUUUUGUGGAGUCUUUACAAGAUUGCAAUCUGGCUCUUACAAUUUGUAGAAGUUACUCAAAGGCAUGGUAUAGAAGAGGUAAGGCAAACACUUCAAUGGGAAAUUAUGACAAUGCGGUUCGUGACUUUAAAGUUUCCCUAUGCAUGGAACAAUCUAUCAAUGGAAAGAAACAAAUAGAAGACGAGAUUAAUCUAAUCUUAGAUCAACAUCAUAUGAAAGAUUUCCCACCAAAUGUAGCUAAAGUCAAAGACUCUAACAUCAAUGAUCAAUCGCAACAAAUACAAUUGCAAUGUGUUACUACAGAAACAAAAGGACGAGGCAUGGUGUGUUUGACCGAAAUACCCCCAUCCACUUUGCUCCAUACAGAAGAACCCUAUGCUGCGAUAAUAUCAAAGGAAUUUCGGGAAACUCAUUGUCAUUUCUGCUUCAAUGAAUUACCUGAAAAUGUUGUUCCAUGUCCAUCAUGUUCAAUGGCACUAUAUUGCUCUCAAUUUUGUCAAGAAAACGCCAGCUGGCAGGAUCCACAAUGUGAUAUGAAGAAGGAUUAUGAUAUUGAUUUUGAUCUUGAGAAGUAUGUUGAAAGUGUUACUAAAUCAAAUGUGAAUAUCAACCAAACUGAUGAACAUAAGCAUGAAUGUGGAGCAAAUUGGUCUGCAGCAUUACCAUCUGAAAUAGUUUUGGCUGGUCGAGUAAUAGUAAAAUACAUAAAACAACAAGGGCAUUUUGGUAAUUCACGCAUUGUGAAUUUGGAUCUUUGUCAUAAUUAUGCGCGACUCGAUCCAGAAACUAAACUUGAGUUCCACAUAUCUUCCAUCAUUUUGUUGAAAUGUCUUCACCAUUUUUAUAGCUCUGAGUUUCAAUUAAAAGGGGAGACGAUUUCACAGUGUGUGUUACUACUUUCACAAAUACAAAUGAAUUCCAUGGCAAUUGUUCGUAUUAAAUCUUCUGAUUCUUCCGAGAAUCAUACAACUAGCACUAUAGAACAGGUGAGAGUUGGUCAAGCUAUUUAUUUAAGUGGAAGCAUGUUCAACCAUUCUUGUCAACCAAACAUCCACACAUAUUUUCUUUCUAGAACCCUAAAUAUACGCGCCAUUAAGUUUAUCCCCUCUGGUCAACCACUCGAGCUUUCCUAUGGCCCACAGGUUGGACAAUGGCGUUGUAAUGAGCGACAAUCGAGUUUAAGAAAUCAAUACGCGUUUAUAUGUUCAUGUGCCAGCUGUACACAGACAAACCUAUCCGACCUUGUUAUCGAGGCUUUUCGAUGUUCGAACCCGAGUUGUUCGGGUGUAGUUUUGGAUUGUGAUGAGGUGAGCUAUGAAAACCGAAAAGUCACCCCGUUUGGAAGUGCUGAGUAUAAUAAGGUGAAGAAAGUGGCAAGGCUUUUGUGUGAUCUAAAUAAAAAUCACUGGGUUGAACCGGGUUUUUGUUUAAACUGUGGGGGUAUGCGUGGCUGUGGAAGCUUACAUGGAACAUUAAGAAAGGGAGAGAUUUGUAAGAGGUUGUUUGAGUCUGGUGAUGUGGUUGCAAGUGGUUUGACUUGUUUAGAUAUGUUGAAAAAAAUAUUCCAUCCGAAUAACAAGAGAGCUGCUGAGGUGGAGGAUCACAUGGCGAAAGUGUUUUGUGGGAUUGGAGAGUUACAAAGGGCACGUCACCAUUGUAAAGCGUCGAUUAAGGUGUUGGAGAAGCUUUAUGGGGAAGAGCAUAUUGUGAUUGGAAAUGAGUUGGUGAAAUUAGCGUCUAUUCAGCUGUCUUUGGGUGAAAAAGCUGCGUUUGAAGAGACUAGAAAUCGGAUUAAGUUGGUGUUUUCACUGCAUUAUGGGUCACAUGUUGACGUCAUGUUUCCACACCUACACUUUCUAAAGUGAGGCCUCUAUUGGAAUUGGAAUGCACCCAUUAUGAAGGAAUUUAAUUCCUUUUAUUUUGUUGAUUUUGAUCAGGUAUAGUGUUUGGUAGGGGUGAAUGUGGUUUGGUUUUAUAGUUAAAACCAAACCACAAACAGUAAAUGUGGUUAUUAAAUUUUAGAAACUAAAUGGGCGGUU